AUGAGAUCAAGAACUGGAGAUGACACUUUGAGACAACAACUGGAAGACGUGAACUCGCUGACAGAGGAACUGAUUGAUAGGACUAUGACCAAAUUUUUAGAACAGGUGAAAGAUGGCAGUUGGACAACAGGUGGAUGGUCUCAAGUAAACACUGACUACUCAGUGUCAAAACUUGUUGUGAAUGCAUACACAAGGUUUAUGGCAAAGACACUUUCAGAUCGCCCAGAGGGUCAGAAGAUAUACAUCAAUUGUAAAUCAAUUAAAAUUUAG